CUUUGGGAUCAAACAAAGAUCGAGAUGAGAGUUGUGAAGCAGAAGACGAGGAAGUCGACUUAUUCUGGACGUGGAGAACGACUGUGGAUGAGGAGAGACCUCCUGUUACUGAUGUAACGUUGGUCUCUGUGGCAGCCGAAGGUCAAUAAUAUGUCAUUACUUUGUUUACCUUCCCUUGAAAUGUUUAUGGUCCAGAUCACUUGUUAACAUCUUUCUGUGAGAUGCUUAAAAACAUUCAAUGAGUUUCUGUCAAUCUACGUCUGGAUACUUCAAGCAUGAUUUGCUCCAUGUCACACAAUGCGCAAAACCCAAUGUAUAAUAUGUUUGCACAAAUAUAUAUUUUUGUGUAAGUUACAACACCUAAGCAUACACAAGUGACCCUAAACUUUUGAACAUGAAAAGUGUUAUGAAGGAUUAUGACCGCAAAUCAAUAGUUUAUGAAGGUUAUCAUCUUAAAGAUAUGAGAUGUCCGGACAGGGUGUCAUUCCAGAGAUCCUGGAAAAUCCGGAAACUCUCAACGGUGACCCGGAGAUCCUCACCAGUCAGGAUCCACUCACAGAUAUGGAGAAUCCAGUCUUUUCUAACUCCCAAAUGCAAUUUGGGUUGGAUUUGAACAGCGGUGAUGUUCAAAAUCCAGGCCCAAAUGAGGCAGACGGGGGUGCAGAAGUCCAGCAAUCUCAAUCAGUCGGUCAGUCUGAAGAGAAGCUGGAAGACGAGGAGAUCUCUGGUGUGAUCUUUCAGGAGAUCAACUCCAGCGUGUAUGAGGUCGGUGAACUGCUGGCGGUAGACAGUUUAGUAUCUGUCUAUGAAGGAACCCGUGUGCAGGAUGACUUGAAGGUGCUAGUGAAAUACAUCAACACCAUGGAGCGGGUGGAUUAUAUCUUCAUCCCGGGUUAUCCUGCACCCCUUCCACGUCAGGUGGGUCUUCACCUACUCGCCUGUCAGGGAGACGUCGUUCAUGAGAUUCUGCAGCUUGUGGACUGGCAGGAGUUUCCAGACCGCCUCAUCAUGGUGCUGGAGCGCCCUUCUCCCUGCGAGGGUUUGGAUGAGUUUCUCGCCAGUAAAGGGGGAGAGCUCGAUGAGUCGUCAGCCAAGCAGAUCAUGUGGCAGGCAACCUGGGCUGCCCACAUGUGCUGCAAGCGGGGCGUCUUCCAUCGGGAUAUCAAGCUGAAGAACUUCUUCAUAAAAGCAGACACCCUGGACCUCAAACUUGACAACUUUGGGUGCGGCGAGCUGCUUCAUAAGUCUGCCUACAAGACUUUUACAGGAACGAGAGAUUAUUUCUGCCCUGAGUUCUUCCGAACGGGCGAAUACUAUGGAAAGCCGGCGACGGUGUAUUCGCUCGGGGUGCUGUUGUUUGCAAUGUUGUGUGGGAAAUUCCCCGACUGCAAUGACAGGAACUCGAUCUGGUCUAAAGAAGGCUUGACGGAAGAAUGCUGCAGUUUGUUGGAAGACUGUCUCCAGGAGGAUCCAGAUAGACGUAUUCGUCUGAAAAAUAUCUUUAAACACAAGUGGUUCCAGGUCAAAGAUCCUGUUGACGGCCUCCAGACUCCCGUCCGCUCUGAAAACGAGGAUCUCAUUCUGUAUCGAGAAUGGAUGUCUAAAGUGGAGUUGGAGGAAAACAAUCCCGUUGUGGACAUUCAGGAAAUAAAUCUCAACCAGUAUGAGAUCGGCCAAAUGCUGGGGGAAGGCGGCUUUGGAAAAGUCUAUGAGGGAACCCGUGUGCAGGAUGGCUUGAAGGUGGCAGUGAAAAUUGUCUGGAAGAACGAGUUUGUAAUCAAUGAUUACAUCGACAUCCCGGGUUAUCCUGUACUCCUUCCUCGAGAGGUUGGUCUUCAAAUGCUGGCCUGUGAGGGAACAUAUAUUCCUUCGAUCAUCCAGUUUCUGGACUGGGAGGACCGUCUGGACCAUUAUGUCAUGGUCCUCGAGCGCCCUUCUCCCUGUGAGGAUGUGUUGAGAUUCAUGAACCACGCAGGAGGCAGACUCGACGAGAAUACGGCGCAGGUUAUCUUGAAGCAAGCGACAGAAGCUGCUGAAAUCUGCUGCAUGCGGGGGGUCUUCCAUCGAGACAUAAAAGUGGAAAACCUCCUCAUUAACCCGAACACGAGGGAGGUCAAGCUGAUCGACUUCGGAUGUGGCGCUCUGUUUAAAAACUCGGCUUACACAGAUUUUAUGGGCACAGACGUCUACUUAGGCCCUGAGUUCUUCGUAAAGGGCGAGUACUAUGCAAAGCCAGCGACGGUGUACUCGCUCGGGGUGCUGUUAUUUGUCAUGCUCUGCGGGAAAUUCCCUCGCAUUGAUGACCUGGACCAGAUCGAUGAGAGGAGGUGGUGCAAAGAUGGCUUGACUAUAGAAUGCUGCCGGUUGGUUGAGGAUUGUCUGCAGAAGAAUCCGGAUGAACGUAUUCGUCUUGAAAUGAUCCGUUACCACGAGUGGUUUCAGGACAAAUAUACUAAAGAUGGCCUCCAGUCUCCCGUCCACUCUGCAGGCGAUAAUGUCAUUAGGUAUCCAGAUGAUGCCGGAUAUGACAUUUUAAUCAUUGGCACUUCAAACGGUCAGUCUAAAGAGAAGCAGGAGGGUGCUGAGAAUCCUGGUGUGAGCAUUCAGGAAAUCAAUUGCUGCCAGUACGAGAUCGGCCCAAUGCUGGGCGAAGGCGGCUUCGGAAAAGUCUUUGAGGGAACGCGUGUGCAGGAUGGCUUGAAGGUGGCAGUGAAAAUAGUCAUGAAGACUGAAGAUGUAAUCCAGGAUUAUAUCAACAUCCCGGGUUAUCCUGAAGUCCUUCCUCGAGAGGUCUAUCUUCAAAUGCUGGCCUGUGAGGGAAAAUAUGUACCUUCGAUCGUCCAGUUUCUUGACUGGGAGGACCGUCUGGACCGCUAUGUAAUGGUCCUGGAGCGCCCUUCUCCCUGUGAGGACUUGAGCGCUUUUCUGAACCGCAACAGAGGGUGCGUCACCGAAGACCAAGCACAACUUAUCUUGUGGCAAGCGAUAGAAGCCGCUCAAAUCUGCUGCAUGCGGGGGGUUCUCCAUCGGGACAUAAAAAUGGAUAACCUCCUUAUUAACCCGAACACGAUGGAGAUCAAACUGAUCGACUUCGGAUGCGGCGAUCUAUUUAAAAACUCGGCUUACACAGAGUAUAAAGGCACAAGGCUCUACACUUGCCCCGAAUUCUUCGACACGGGGAAGUACCACGGCAAGCCAGCAACGGUGUACUCACUGGGUGUAGUGUUGUUCACUUUGGUUUGCGGGAAAUAUCCCGACUGUAAUGACCAGGACCGGAUCAAUAAGAAGAUCUGGCACAAAGACAGUUUGACUAAAGAAUGCUGCGAUUUCAUUCAAGCAUGUAUGCAGAAGAAUCCAGAAGAGCGGAUCCAGCUGGAAGAGAUCUUUGAGCACAAGUGGUUUUAGAUCAGCGUGCUAUAGUAAUGUAGUGAAUGGAACGUCAGGUGUUAGGACCAAUAGGGGUGUAUUCCAAAGUUUGUCAUGCGGCACACCGUUAAGUUGGUAAGUUGCCUGAUAACCUCAAGUUGUGGUUCCAAUGUAAAUAACCAUAGCAACUUCUGCUCCAGAGCAGGGCUCAAGAAAAUCUACUUGUCAUCUCUCUGAGUGUAGCUGGUAUUUCUCUUUCUCUGAACCUAUCGUUCAAAAAACCUAGGACUAGUUUGAAUAAGAAGGUUUUACAUUGAAGCUAGACACGUAACGCUAGAGAUAUCAAGCGAUAUCUAAAAAAAAGUAAUCGUGGUGCAACAUAAAAAUAUUUUUGUUCGCAUAAGAUAGAACUGCUGUUUUAUCUAGUCUGCGCAAAUCCAGCGUCAGGCUGUGCCUUGUUCACAAAGGAAUCCGUGGUGAAAUGAAGCCAGCAAACACUCAGUUUACCCACGUGAAAACAACGUUUUCAUUUCUCAAGUCAUUUCAAUACUUCACUACUGUGUACGUGCAGUACAGAAACGUUUUGGCUCCAGUUAAAGAGGGUUAGACUUGGGUCAGAGCCGAUGGUGGAGCGCUUCGUGUUCUGACAUAUGGCGCCGGUGCAUCCGGGCGACCCGAGUCAGACUCCCGGCUCGUGGUCCUUUCCCGACCCCACCCCCUCUCUCAGCCACUACGCUUCAUGUGCUCUCCAAAAAUUACUGUCUGUCCAAUAAAGGCAAAAAAUAUAAUUUAUUGGUUAGACUUGAUCAAUUGUUUAUUGUCAUACGAAAUUGUUCAAACUCAAGCUUGUCAAGCAUUCAUUUAGACUUAAUACAGUAAUUGUGUCGACAUCGCUGAUAUGAUUUAAUUUAAGGCAGAUGAAACGCACAUGAUCAGAACAGAUUGU